GAUGGUGCUGGAUGAAUGAACCAACGCAACCUUGAACCUCGGCCAUUGAAUCUCAUCCCGUUGUGAUUCAGCCCAGUAAAUGCGUGCGGUGCACAGCCCGAAACUGCUGCCCCUUUCCCUCCCAGCCCAGCACCCACUCGACCACGCCUGAUUGAGGACAGUCCCAGCCAGGUUCCCGGGGCUUGCUUCCCUUGCUUCCAUCUGCCCGGCUCCGCUGCCGCCGGCGGCAAUGAGGUCAUUUGCAACCGCCGCCCGCGGAUCCGUCCGCCCGUCCAGCACUCUCAAGCUCGCCUCGAGCACUGCAAGAGCGCCGAUCCCACCAAUAGCUGGUGACUCCAAUUCCAGGUGCCACCAUGACCACAGGACAUCUUGUUCAAAGCGCGGAUAUGUAUCGUCAUCAUCACCGUCGUCGUCACAGCCCGCCACGGCGGCAGCAACCAGGCCAAAGACGGCCAUCUUCUUCCCAGGCCAGGGCGUCCAAAAGGUCGGCAUGUUGACCCCCUGGCUCGAGGCCUUCCCGGCCACGGCGAGCCCCAUCGUCGAGGAGAUCGACGACUGCGUCGGCUACCGCCUGUCGGCCAUCAUCCGGGACGGGCCGGGCAGCCUGCUGACGGCGACGCCGCACGCCCAGCCCGCCAUCAUGGCCACGUCGCUCCUGAUCCUGCGCGUGCUGGAGCGCGAGUUCGGCUUCCGCGUCGGCGAGCGCGUCGACUUCACCCUCGGCCACUCGCUCGGCGAGUUCGCCGCCCUGGCCGCGGGCGGCUACCUCGACUUUGGCGACUCGCUGCGCUUGGUGCGCCGCCGCGCCGAGGCCAUGGCCGCCGCCACGCGCGACGCCCGCGACCGCUUCGGCGGCGACUACGGCAUGGUCGCCCUCGUCACCGAGCCCGAGUACCUCCAGGCGCUCAUCGGCGCCAUCUACGAGUUCCUGGGCUACACGAGCGAGGGGCUCAAGUCGGAGAGCGCCGAGGACGUGCCGCCCAUCGAGCAGGUGCUCAUCGCAAACAUCAACUCCAAGAACCAGAUCGUGCUGUCGGGCGACCUCGGCCGCAUAAAGACCCUCAUGGCCCACGUGCGCCAGUUCCUCGGCCACGACCCGCGCGCCGUCCGCCUCAACAGCGACUCGCCCUUCCACUCGCCCAUCAUGCGCCCCGCCGUCGCCGUCGUGCGGCGCCUGCUGGCCGGCACGAGCGAGACCCCGGGCCGCGAGGGCGAGGACGUCGUCACCUUCCCGACCGCCAUCCCUUGCGUCAGCAACAUCAGCGCCCGGCCCUUUGCCACAAAGGCCGAGCUCAAGGACCUGCUGGCCCGCCAGUGCCUCGAGACGGUGCGCUGGUGGGACAGCAUCCGCUACCUGGACCAGGAGGAGAAGGUGCGCCGCUGGAUCGGCAUCGGGCCGGGCAAGGUCGGGCGGAACCUGGUCGGCAAGGAGGUCGGCAUGCGCGGCAAGGGGCUCGUCAAGGGCGCCGGCGUCUGGGCCAUCACGGACCCGUCCGAGAUCGAGGAGGCGCUCAGGGGCCUGGAGGAGACCGAGUCCGUCGUCGACGAGGACGAUGACGAGUACGAGCGCGAGGACUGAGGGGCGGGAAAAUGAGCUAGGUAGAUGAGAGCGCGGGCUGUCCUAUUCGUUAUUUCUUUGGUCGGCGGCGGUGACUCAUAGAGGACUGUGAGCCCCUGGGAUUACCAUGCUUGUAUUGUAUUGUUUUCUUUUCCAUUCUGGCGCACCCGGAAGCAACGGUGGAAUUUUGGUAAUUCUGGUGGGAAAACGAGACAGAAUCACAAAAGCUUGUGGGCAUGGCUGAAACGGUUUGAACCACUACGUGAGAGUUCGAGUUGGUCAGGCCAACAGCCCCAAGAUAUGCGGAACGACAAAAAAAAAGAGAUAAAAACAUGUCUUACCGGAGAGAAAAGUAGAGCAAAGUUUACAAAAAGGGAGGAGCAUGCGGGGGUAGAUUCUGCAGUGAAUGGCGAGUGUGCUUGAGCGUUCCGUUGCUAGGAUCAAGGACAGGAAAAAAACCCGAAAGGGCACAAAAGGCCUGGCAAAACCCAGAUUCGAACCUG